UAUCACUGGACGACACAGCAGAUCCAGUUUCAUCUGAUUAACCUGCAUCUCUUUAUAAUGGAUAUAUCAUACUCUCUAAACUUCACAGUUCAAUACUGCUUUCCUGGAAACAAUGCAUCCUGCAGAAAGCAGGUCCGAUCAGACCCUGCAUAUAUAUUUUUGUUCAUUUUCCUCUCAUGUAUAUCUGUGUGUACUGUGAUUUUGAACUUGUUGGUGAUUAUCUCCAUCUCUCACUUCAAGCAGCUCAACACUCCAACCAACCUGCUCAUCCUCUCUCUGGCUGCAGCAGAUCUUAUAGUGGGAAUGUUUGUUAUGCCUGUGAAAAUAAUACAACUGAAAGACUCCUGUUGGUAUUUUGGAGAUUUGGCAUGUUGUGUUUCUGAAAUAAGUAUUGGAUAUUUAACGGCAGCAUCUCUGUGUAGCCUGGUUUUGAUUGCAGUUGAUCGAUACAUUGCUGUCAGUGAUCCUCUGCAUUAUCCCACUAGAAUCACAGUUUCUAAAAUGGCUUUGUUCAUAAUUCUAGGCUGGUCUUUAUCUGUGAUGUAUAUAACCAUAUUUUUUUACUUUAAUGACCAUCUACUUCAAUCUCAGAUGAGCACCAGUUGUUAUGGAGAGUGUGUAGUGAAUAUUAAAUAUUCCUGGGUGAUUGUUGAUCUGGUAGUUUGCUUUGUAGCUCCUUGCUCCGUUAUACUGAUCCUGUAUUCAAUUAUUUUUAAUGCUGCAAGACAGCAAGCUAAAGCUGUCAGAGCUGUAAGACUUACCUUAAAGAAACACAGCUCUUCAAAUUCUUCUGAAAUCAAAGCAGCAAAAACACUGGGACUCGUGAUUUUUGUUUAUCUUACUUGCUGGAUACCCUAUUAUGUAUGUUCUCUGUCAACUUUAUCAAUAGUGUGGACUGUGUUUGGCUGGCUAGUGUUCAUGAACUCAGCAAUGAAUCCACUGAUGUAUGCAAUAUUCUAUCCAUGGUUUAGAACAUCAGUUAAAUUUAUUGUAUCUUGUCGAAUAUUUGUAUCCUCAUCUUCAAGGUUUAAUUUGUUCCCAUAGCAUUUUUAAUUUAUUAUCAGGUUGGUUUCAGUGAAUGAAGUUAAAGCACUCUGCAGUCACUGACCACAGUGUCAUAAAUAAGGCCUAAAAUCUCUAUAAGAAAUGUUCAUAUUAUUUUGUUUUAGACUGUAGUGACCAAAUAUGUUGAAACUGAUAUUUUACGAGUAUGAUUAAUGGGGAGGAAAAAGGGAAUGAGAUUGCUAGCAAUACAGCUUUAAAGAGAGACACUAAUAACCUCACUGACCUUUUAAUUGCAUACACUAUUUCAUAAUUUACUGCACCAACAGACAUGUACUUGUAUAUUGAAUCUGCUUUUAAUGUUAUAUUUCAUUUUGUGUUAUAUUCUGUCUCAUGAAUAUGCUUCAUCAGA